UGUCAAAUUUUGACUUCGGGGACGAAUCAAUACAAAACGUGUUUAUGAUCGUGAUUUUUCGCUAUUAGAAAUAAUGAAAAACUUAAAUGUUUGGAACGUCUCCUUUGGAGAUCUCAACCUAAAAUCGGAAAAUAAACUCAUAGUCUGUAAUGGCCAUGACGAAGUCAGCUCCUCUAACGAACUAUAUGUUUGUACACAUAACCUCAGUGUGAUAUGUUUUGAUGAAAAUAAUGAGGCAAAGUGGACCAAAGAUCUGUCGGAUAUUGCGUCUCCGGACAACAGCCCUGUGAACAUUACAUUUCUCGGACUGACCAACACUCUUUGUGUGGGACUGGCGAAUGGUGAACUAAUUACCAUUAGCGACAAUGGCAAUAUUGUAGACUCAGCUGGAGUCUGCGACAAUGGCUUACUGGCCAUGGAAUGGAGUCCAGACCAAGAGCUUCUAGUACUGGUCACGAAAGACAUGAACAUGAUUCUAAUGAAUAUGUUCGAUCCCAUACAUGAGAUCAACUUGUUCAAUGAAGAGUUUGGAGAGAAACAAUUCAUAACCGUUGGCUGGGGGAAGAAGGAAACUCAGUUCCAUGGAUCAGCUGGCAAACAGGCUGCUAAACUGAAGAAUGAAGUUGUUGCAGAUCCAACAGUAGAUGAUGAUGCAGUGAAAAUAUCCUGGAGAGGAGAUGGAAAUUUGUAUGCAGUAGGUUUUAUGAUGAAUGGAAUUAGAAGAUUCAAAGUUUUUGACAAAGAAGGACAUUUACAAUACACAAGUGAAAAACAACAAGGCUUAGAAUCAAACUUGUCUUGGAGACCCAGUGGAAAUCUCAUAGCCACAACACAGAAACUUAAUGAAAAAUAUUUAGUGUCCUUCUUUGAGAAGAAUGGCUUAAAACAUGGAGAAUUUGAUGUUCCUGUAAAUGCUAACACAGUUGUAGAGGACAUCACUUGGAGUUCAGACUCAGAAAUAUUAACUUUACAGUGCAGAGACACUAUAAGUAAUGUACAGACUGUGCUUCUGUAUACAAUUGGUAAUUACCAUUGGUACCUUAAACAAACAUUAACCUUCAACGCUGAACAGAAUAUAAGCAGGAUCAUGUGGGAUAAUGACUUUGAUAUAGCCAACAAUAAGAAGCUGCAUGUGUUUUUACAUAAUGGGCAACAUUUUUCGUACAAUUGGAUUUGGAAUGUAGAUAACAGCAGAGGUUUUGGGGCUGAUGACGAUGCAGUAGUAGCAGUCAUUGAUGGAAAUAAACUACUUUUGACAGGAUUUAGACAAACUGUUGUGCCACCUCCAAUGUCAGCCUUUGAAAUACAAGUGGAUGCAAAUAUCAACUCUGUCCACUUUGCUCCUCAAAAACAAAAAGAAGGAGACCCUGACCCUAAUUCUUUCUUUGUUUUUACUUCAGACAAUAAGUUGGUAUUUUAUAGACAAACUAAUAAGUUUCCUCUGCAGUAUGAAAUUUCUAAAAUUGUGGAGGCAGAUAAAUAUGAUUUUCCUUUUCAAUGUUACAAUUGGUUCUGGGUUAAUGCUGAGACCCUAAUAUGUAAUGCUGUUUAUAACAGCGACACUGACAAUUUGGUGGAGCUCCUCAUUGGCUCAGAGAAAAUCGAAAAGAAGGAUGAAAGUUCUUUGCCUGCACCUGUAGCUAGGAUUCAAUCUCACCCUUCUAAUCCUUCUGCUGUAUUUUUACAACUCCAAGAUGGAAUAAUUGUACAACAGAAACUUGGAGAAGAUUUAGAAAUUCAGGAUGUCUCAUUUCAAGUAGCAUGUCCGAAAUUUGAUGUGCUUCUAGUAGAAAACGAGGUACAUUUCAUAGGAUUAUCACAUAAAGGUCAUCUUUAUAUGAAUGAUAGAGUGAUAAUGAACAAUGUUAGUUCAUUCUUUGUCCAUACUCAUUUCCUAUUGCUAACAACACUGCAGCAUGUGCUUCUGUGCACUGAAUUAACCAAGGCAGGUCUUGAAGCUAUUACUGAAUAUCAAAAAACUGAAUCCAAUCAUGUCUAUAAGAGGAAAAUUGAAAGAGGAGCUAAAUUAGUAAUAGCUGUACCAAAUGAUACUAGGACAGUGUUUCAAAUGCCAAGGGGAAAUCUUGAAACUAUCCAACCAAGGCCUUUAUCAUUGAAGAUUAUUGGAGAAUACCUUGAUCGACUACAGUAUCAUGAGGCAUUUGACCUCAUGAGAAAACAAAGGAUCAAUUUGAAUCUCAUUUAUGACCAUGAUCCAGAUAAGUUUGUAAAGAACAUUGAAAUAUUUUUGGAAUCGGUUCAGAACAUUUCAUGGCUAAAUCUGUUUCUUUCUGAUCUAGAAAAUUCGGAUGUGACAAAAACUAUGUACUCUAGUAGUUACGCUGGCAAACCAGACAAACCAAAAACUGAUGUAGAUUCUAAAAUCCAAAAUAUAUGUGAUAUUGUAAGAGAAUAUUUGAAAAAGAGGACAGAUAGUGAUAGUAAGAUAUUACCUUUAUUGACAACGUUUGUAAAGAAAAAUACAAUGAAAGAUUUAGAAAGCGCUCUAUCAAUCAUUAAAGAACUUAAAAUUCAGGAAUCUGGUGGAUCAAAGUUACCUGUAGGGUCAGAUGAAGCACUGAAAUACUUAUUGUAUAUGGUUGAUGUAAAUCAACUCUUUGAUGUUGCUCUUGGCAUGUACGACUUUGACUUAGUUCUAUUAGUUGCAUAUAAGUCUCAGAAAGAUCCUAAAGAAUAUGUCCCAAUGCUUGAUGAACUGAAUGAAAUGGAAGAAAACUACAAAAGAUUUACGAUUAACAAACAUUUAAAGCGGUUUGACAGAGCAGUAGAGAGCCUUGUACUUUGUGGAGAAAAAAGACAUAAUGAGUUAAAAACUUUCGUGAAGUACCACAGUCUUUAUAGAGAAGCGUUGGCUCUGUUUUCACCAAAUGAUGAAAUAUUCAAGGAAAUAUCAGACGACUUUGGCCUUUAUUUGAAACUGAAGAAGCAAUUCACAGAAGCUGGGUUGGUUUAUGAAAGAGCGCAAAUUAUAGAUAAAGCCAUUGAAUGUUAUAAAGAGGCUUCAGAAUGGGAAUUGGCAAUAAGUUUAGCUAAAGUUACUUGGCCUGAAGCUGAUUUCAAGAAUUUGUGUUGGGAUCUAGUAAAUGGCUUAAAAGAACAAAAGCGACACAAAGAAGCAUUAACAGUUUUGGAUCAGUACUACGGGAACAAUGAAGAAACAAUUUCGUAUGCAAUUGAAUGUGGCCAGUAUAAAACAGCGUUAACACUCUGUUCCCAAUAUCAAAAAUCUAAUUGGAAAGAUGAAAAAAUUCUACCAGCUAUAUUAGAAGAAUAUAAGAAUAUGAAAGAACUUAUUGAAAACAAUUUUGCAACAUUCAUAAGACAUCGUGAGCGCCUACAGUUUGUCAGAGAAAAUAAAACAAAACAUCCUGUGGACACAUUUGAUUUCUAUACAAACAAGGACAGCGAUUUAUAUUCUGAUGCAGGGAGCACUCUGGCUUCAUCGUCUAGAGGUUCAAGCCGAUCAUUCCGUUCAAGUAAGAACAGACGAAAACACGAGCGUAAAGUAGCGUCGCUAAAAGAAGGUUCUCAGUAUGAAGAUGUUGCUCUGGUCAUGACUUUGCAUACCCUGGUCACAGCUACUUUCGAUUUGAGGUUGCAAAUAAAAGAGGUUGUCAUUGCAUUGAGUUACUUCAGUAAGGAUAAAGAAGCUUACAUCUUACAGACAUCUUUGGAAAAAGUUUUGAAAGAAAUGAAGGACAGUUUCAAACAAAUAUGGACCAAUGAGCUUGUAUUAGAAGCAACAAAUGCAACUAUUGCUGCCCAGAAUGUACCAGAAGGACAGAGCAUUAUUCCACAAGGCAUAGCCACACUUGAACCCCACAUAAGGAUAGCACCAGUGAUUGCAGACAUUAGUUGGAAACUUGAAGGCCUUAAUUAAAUAACAUAUAUAAAAUGUAAUGUGAUUAAUGUAGUAAAACUAUGUUAAUAUCAAUAAAUAUUUUAUUAAAAUCA